CAGAAUUGCAAAGUGCUUCGGCUUGUGUUGCUCAGUGGUCAGUCCCAGUCAUGAAGCUGCCAAUUAUUUUCAGAGUGUUUGUUGUGGUGCUGCUGGCAUCAGUGCAGGCACUCGCUUCACCACCUACAAAGAUCACCUACAAACGAGCUCUUUACGGAGGGCUCGGUAUCGGAGGAUACGGCUAUGGAGGUCUAGGAUAUGGCGUUGGAGGACUGGGCAUUCCUGCUCUUCCUACUGGAUUAGGAACGGCUAUUGGAGGUCCACUGAUAGGUCCUUCAAUUGCACCAGCCAUUGCACCGGCGAUUGCUCCAGCGAUCGCACCGGCUAUAGCGGCUCCUGCAAUCUCGUUUACUCCUACGGUCACACGCCAUACCCACACGCAGUCCACCGUAUCCCAACCGGUUCCAGUUCCAGUACCGACUCCGGUUGCCGUCCCCGUAACGCGACAUGUUCCCGUUCCAGUACAAGUGCCGGUGCCAUUUCCCGUAGACAGACCGUACCCACAGCCAGUACCUGUGCCGGUUCACGUUCCACGACCAUAUCCUGUCCAUGUUCCGGUGGAUCGGCCUGUUGCCGUUCCUGUACCGCAGCCGUACCCAGUAACUGUUACCAGAACCGUCCCGGUGAGCGUUCCACAACCAAUUCCGGUUCCACAGCCAGUUGCAGUACCACAACCUGUGCCGGUACCGCAGCCCAUCCCGGUACCACAACCCAUUCCGUACCCAGUGUCAGCACCGGCACCGACCUACGCGAUCGCCCCCUCGUAUGCUCCAGCUUAUGCGUCAUCGUAUGCACCAGCUUACGCCACCGGAGCAGCCAUCGCACCAAGUGUCGGUCCCAUCGUGAGCGGCGGAGGAGGCCUCAUCGGUGACGGCAUCAUCAGCGGUGGCGUUCUCGCAGGACACAUCGUCGGCAGCGGGCUGCACUCCGGCAUCGGUCUGUCCAGCCUCGGACUUAAGAAGUACAUCGGGUAAAAAAACAACCUGCCGGAAUGCGCCCAGCUUUGCCAUUAUUGUGAAAGGGCUUUUCACGUUCAUAUACACCUAAACCCACAGUCAGUCAAUUAAUUACAGCUAGAGAUUACGUUAUUACUUUUAUUACGUCAGAAGCAACGAGCCUCUCUUUGGAGCAGCAGGAAAAACAGUGCAAAACUAGGUCUUAAGUCAAUUCGGCCAUCCGCUGCGUAAGCUCUCGUGUUGCGCCAAUACCAUUUUAGAAGCUUAUUUUACUAGACAUUAGAGUUAGAUACCAACUGUGUGAGAACGAAACGAGCGAUGGAUAACUGCGAAGGAAAUAUACAAAGUGCGAGCACAGAGUGUCACACCGCACGGAGUGACACGAUUGAAAAUGGAAACAACAAGCGGGUUUUUGUGUUUUUUUUUUUUCUGCAGAGCUUUUUUUUGCUCAAUUCGCCCUUCUAUGGCCAAUCAGCCGCCUA